CCACACAAACUGUUGCGUGCCAUUGUGGGUGCGUGUGUUUGCGUCAGGGUGUUGUGAGAGAGCAGCAGUGUGCUCACACACUUCCUCACCAACGCGUGACCUCGCAGACUCUUUGACGGUCAGGAUGACGUCGCUCAGCUUCCUAAUCGGUCUCCCGCCCCCACCGAAGGCUUAUAGGCUGCAGUAAGUGCAGCCGAGUGAGAGAUCUGCUUACACUCACCUCACGGACGUCACAUCGCUCUCCGCGCUUUCAUCUUCACCUCCCAACAGAGCGGCGAACAGAAAAAUCUUGAGCACACGGUGGACAUAGACGAGGACAGAGAUGGAGACAAUGAGUUACCCAAUGGGUGGCGGGGCCACCAGGCUGUACAACGCCUUGGCUCACACCCUCAGCAGCAGUGGUGGCAGCAGCAAUCGUGUCCCUCUCCCUCUGACGCAUUUGGACCCUUACCAGCCAGCGGACACAAACCCCGAUCCUGAUUUCUGCCAGGAGCAAAAGGGGUCCCCAUCGUGUCCCCUUGAUCCAGCCCAGGUUCUGAGACAAUGUGAGGUGGCCCUCGGUGAUGAACCGCCACGCUUCCACAGGACUUUCAUUCGACACUCGAAUGGCAAUGCCGGCGCCAUCCGGGUGAUGCAGUGGAACAUUCUGGCCCAAGCCCUCGGCGAAGGACUUGACAGUUUUGUGCUGUGUCCUCCGGAGGCCCUCAGCUGGUCCCGAAGGAAGUACCUCAUCUUAGACGAGAUCCUCACCUACCGACCUCACAUCCUGUGUCUGCAGGAAGUGGACCACUACUUUGACACCCUGCAGCCGGUUCUGGCCCGUCUGGGUUAUAGCAGCAGGUUCUGCCCGAAGCCCUGGUCGCCGUGUCUGAAUGUUGAGGGCAACAACGGCCCUGAUGGCUGUGCACUCUUCUUUGAUGAGUCGCACUUCGAGUUUUUGGAUUGCGUCAGUUUACAGCUCUCUGCCAUGAUGAUUCCAACCAAUCAGGUUGCUUUGGUGAUGAUACUACGUUGCCGAAGCACAAGGAGGUGCGUGUGCGUAGCUGUGACCCACCUGAAGGCCCGCGCUGGCUGGGAGUGGCUCCGCAGUGCCCAAGGGUCGGACCUCCUGCGCCAAGUCCAAAAUGUGGUCCAGAGACAUUCCGCGUCAACAUCGGCAGGCUCCAAUUUGCACAUCCCUCUGAUUAUCUGCGGCGAUUUCAACGCAGUCCCAACUGAGGAGGUGUACUGUCGUUUUGUGGCUUCUCCUCUUGGCUUGGACUCGGCUUAUAAGAAACUCAGCCAAGAUUGUUUGACCGAGCCACAGUACACAACGUGGAAAAUUCGCCCGACCGGGGAAUGCUGCACUACUCUGGACUACAUUUGGUACAGUCAGGACACGCUGAGGGUGGAUGCAGUCUUGGACUUGCCGUCGGAGAAGGAGAUUGGCCCUAACAGGCUUCCGUCCUUCAGCUAUCCUUCAGAUCACCUCUCUCUGGUUUGUGACUUCAGCUUUAAGGAGGACGGAUGAGUGGGAAACAUAAAUUCUGAGAACGCACAAUACAUCAUCACUGACAUGUGAACCUGUGCAACAAUAAUGAAGGAAAGAAAGCAAAUAUUACAAAUGAACUGAAACUUUUUCUACCUCCUGAAUUUUGAGAUUGUGCUUCGAUUCUUGGAUUAUGUUCCAGAUCUCUUCCUCCAAGUGUGGUCUGAUGGACAUACAUGCACAAUGCAUCUGAUGUUAAAUCCUAACAUUUUAACCGAAACUGUAACAUGCUGAUAUCAAACUGACUGAAAUAAACAUCAUUUUGUGAUCUUU